AUGACGAAGUCCUACACCGUUGCCGUCUCGGACCCCACUCCUGCCAAGGGCGGGAAGCCCGCGAGCUCGGGGAUUUACCGCAACUUCAACAUCGCCGCGGGCGGCGAGUGUGCUCCUGCAGCUGGGAUCCAGACGCUCUGGGACUCGUUCAGCGCCUCGUGCGAGAAGUUCCCGGAGCGCAACCUGUUCGGCACGCGCGGCACCCAGGAGGAUGGCAAGCCCGGUCCGUUCGAGUGGAUCUCGUACAAGGACGCGUACGCGCAGGUCAAGGCGCUCUCGGUGACCAUGGCCGAGCUGGGCUGCAAGGCGGAGGACCGCUGCGGCAUCUUUGGCACCAACGCCCCUGAGUGGCACAUGGCGAUGCAGGCGUGCAACUCCCGCGCGAUGGCCUGCGUGCCCCUGUACGACACCCUCGGCGACGACUCCAUCGAGUACAUCAUCAACCACGCCGAGUGCACGAUCGUGUUUGCCAACGUGAAGAAGCUGGACAUCCUUGGGAAGGCUCUGGCGAAGUGCCCCAAGGUGAAGACUGUCAUCACGUGGGGCGGCGAGGCCACGACGCAGCUCUCCGUCAACACCGUCUCCUUCGAAGACGCGGUGAAGCAGGGCAGCGGCAAGCCGUUCACGCCGCUCGUCCCCAAGUCGAGCGACACGUGCACGAUCAUGUACACUUCGGGCACCACGGGCGUGCCCAAGGGCGUCGUCCUGACGCACGAGGCCGUCCUGGCCGCGGCCGUCGGCGCGAGGAUGUUCGGCGACGAGAUCGACGUGGGCUUCUCGGAGCGCGACGUGCUCAUCUCGUACCUCCCGCUCGCGCACAUCUUUGAGCGUGUCCUGGAGGAGAUGUUCGUCAUGGUCGGGGCGUCGAUCGGGUACUUCCGCGGGGACGUCACGGGCCUGAUGGACGACGUCGGCGCGCUGAAGCCGACGCUGUUCCCGGGCGUGCCGCGGGUGUUCGACCGCGUAUACAACGGCCUCAUGGCCAAGAUCGAGAAGGCCGGCGGGAUCAAGAAGUUCCUGUUCAACUGGAUGUACUCGCGGAAGGCGUACUUCAUCGAGAACGGCGCGGACAACCUCGCGGCGUCGCCGCUCGCGGACAAGCUCGUGUUCAGCAAGGUCAAGGGCGCGCUCGGCGGGAACGUGCGCCUGAUCCUGUCGGGCGGCGCGCCGCUCGCGAAGCACGUCGAGGAGUUCCUCAAGGUCGCGUUCUGCGCGCGCGUGUGCCAGGGGUACGGCCUCACGGAGACGUGCGCCGCCAGCUUCGUCGGCAACCCCAACGACCUGGCGUCGACGGGCACGGUCGGGAUCUGCAUGCCGUCGAUCGAGAUGAAGUUCGAGUCCGUCCCCGAGAUGAACUACGACGCGACCGCGGACCCGCCCGCGGGCGAGGUGUGCCUGCGCGGCAAGGCGCUCUUCAGCGAGUACUACAAGAUGAAGGACAAGACGGACGAGGCGGUGGACGACGAGGGGUGGUUCCACACGGGCGACAUCGGGACGCUCGUGACGCCGCAGGGGUACCUGAAGAUCGUGGACCGCAAGAAGAACAUCUUCAAGCUGGCGCAGGGGGAGUAUAUCGCCGCGGAGAAGGUGGAGGAGCAGUACAAGAAGGACUCGGUGGUCGAGCAGGUGUGGGUGUACGGCAACUCGUUCGAGAGCUUCCUCGUCGGCGUCGUCGUGCCGACCGAGGCCGAGAUCAUGGCCUGGGCGAAGAAGAACGGCGUGGCCGGGGACUACGCGGCGGUCUGCCAGAGCGAGGAGGCCAAGAAGCACGUCCUCGCGAAGAUCACCGCGACGGCCAAGGCCAACGGCCUGAAGUCGUUCGAGCAGAUGAAGAACAUCAAGCUCGAGUCCACGAUGUUCUCCGUGGACAACGACCUCCUGACGCCGACGUUCAAGCUGAAGCGCCCGCAGCUCCAGAAGCACUACCAGGCCGACUUGGACGCCAUGUACAAGGCCGGCCUGCCCAAGAAGUAA